AUUGAAUACAAAUAAUCAACACUUACAUAAAAGAAAUUGUUAUCAAAUCUAAAAAGAAACUUGAAUUAAUAUUCAAUGCCAAGUUAUUAGUAAAUAUGGUGAUAGGCUAUCUCUCUCAUUGUUUUCAAAUGAAAUAUGUAUAUGAAAAUGAGAGUAGGUGAAGGGUGAAUGGAGAAUGCUGAUUAGUGGCCUAUGCUCCUUCGCGAAGUGUUACAGGCAUUAGUCACUAAUAGGAAAAUGAAUAUUCAAACAGAAUGUAAAGUUAUCCUUAGCGUUCUUUUACGUGCUUGUUUGUUUGUUUUUCUGCAUCAUAUGAAAUAUCUAUUUCUCAUUAUUUUCACAUCAUCAUCAUCAUCAUCAUCAUCAUCAUCAUCAUCAUCAUCAUCAUCAUCAUCAUCAUCAUCAUCAUCAUCAUCAUCAUCAUCAUCAUCAUCUUUGUCAUAUGAUUUAAGACAAUAA